UGUCUGAUGCUUCGUUCAUCUCUUAAACCCUAAUCCCUCGCCCCUCUCUCUCCCUGCUCAGUAAAAUUCAAGCUCUCCCAGCCCUAACUCAAUCUCAGAAGCCCAAUUAUGUCCAAAGAAUUUGUUUCAGAGAUUCAAAUUCCAAUCGAACAACAAACAAUUAUGGAUUCGAAUGUUAGUUCUUCUGUAGAAAUCAAAGAAAAAGUUUUGGAUUCAAAAGAAAACCAAAACCCAGAGCAAAAAGGAGUUGAAAUUACUGUAAUCGAUAAAGAAGUGGUGAAAGAAGGUGAAGUAAUAUCCAGGGGUUUCGAAGCAAAACCUAAUUCCGAAGAAGAAAAUCAAGAAAUUUUUUCCAAGGGUUUAAUGGAAGAAUCAGUUAACGAUUCAGCAAAAGAGGUAUGUUGUCAAGUUCAAGAUUCUAUGCCUAUUAUGUCUCAAUUUGUGAAUUCUACUCCUGAAAUGGAUUCUGAAACCUCGUUUGAAUGUCAAGAUAGUAGUAGUAAUGAAAAGGUCUUUCAGGUGCAGGAUGUAAUUACUGAUGAUGACCGUAUGAUUUUCGUGAUAGAUAGACCAGAUUUUGUUGUUCCCGAUUCGCUUUUAGCAUCUCAAAAUCCCGUUGAGAAGGCGAUGAUUGGUUCUGAUGAGUCUGAUUGUGGGGUGUGGGGAGAAUCCUCAGCUUCAGGUAGUAAAGAAAUGGUGGCUGAAAUCGAAACUGACAAUGUUAAUGGAAUUGGUUCUAUUGGUUUGGGUAAGAAAUGUUCUAAGAGAAAAUUUACAGAAACAAAUUUGAAAAAGAAUGUGCUGAGUAUGUUUGCUGAAGCUACGAGUGGUUUUGAAAAGAAAUUAGAUGGAAGUAAGCGAAGGUAUACGAGGAAUGAAAUGGAAGCGCUGAGGGUUGAAAAUUCUUAUCUACAACGUCAGAUAUGGCGAGAGAUAUACACUGGGUUGGGUCCUAUUAUAGCCAAAGAACUUAAUUGUUCGGCAGAGGAUAGGCAGAAAAGUAAUGCCAACACUGCCAAACGAAAACAGCGUCGUCGCAAACCCAAGCAGCAUAACCAACACCUGCAGCAGUCACAGGAGAAUCACCAAUACCAGCAGCAACACCAAAAACACCCACAGAAGCCUCACCAACAAGCUGGAGUGAGCGCAGAGAAUGCCUCAAUUAUCGGUUGCUCUCAGAUUAUGGAGCUUAACAUGGAAGAAUGUAGCUUAGCUGAAGAGUAUUCUCAGAUUAUGGACAACACCGUUGUUGUGUGUGAUGACCAUGAUGAUGGAAGCACCUACUAUGAAAACGAGGAAAGUGACGAUGAAUAUGAUAGCAUAAAAAGACCCGCCUUUUAUGUUGAAGGAGAUCCUGAUUUUGAUUCCGGCCCCCCAGAGGAUGGAUUAGAGUAUCUUAGGCGUGUCAGGUAUGAAGCUGCACAAAUUCCCAAUGUGAAAGUCGUAAAAGUUGAUAAGAGCAAGCUGGACAAGGAACAAACAAAAUAUAUGCCUGAGAUACCUGAUAUUGCUAAGUGCCCACCUCACUUACAACCAUCCAAAGAGUGGGAGGAUGCAUUUCUUGCUGACUUUUCUGAGCUCAGACAGGCUCUGCCACAUCUUGAGGGUUCCAAGACCUUUCAACCCAUGUCAGUUGCUGAUGUAGAUGAUGCCUCACGGUGUUCUCGCGAUCCGACAGUAUCUGUAAUUCUUGGAUUGGAUGAUGUUGCACGUGUUUCGAUGCUCAAAAGGUGCAUUAACUCCUUCGAAACAAAAAGCAGUUUGUGCAGGAAUGAUUGUGCUUGGUUAUUCGCUCUAUUUGUGGCUGUGGGUAUCCCCUUGAAUGCAGACACAACUGCUUCUGUACGAAGUUUGCUUCGGAAGUGUGCAAGUUUAAGGGCAGGGAAGUUAGAAGCUGGUGAGGACGAUGACGAGGUUGUGAUGUUGAACAUGUUAGCUACAAUCUGUGGGAGGUUCUUUGGGCAGUUGGACUAAACUAUUGAGUUUUUUUUUUUCCUUUCUGCGGGCGCGUGCGCUCUGGGUUGACUAGUUAUGACUAUUAGUCACUUUCACUCCCAGGAUUGGUGUUGAACUCUUGAGAAUGUUCACCAUGCAGGGCGGUACAAAGCAAGCACCAUCUCUCAAGUUUUUGUUUAAAAAGACUGCUCAGCCGGAAUCAAUUAACUUUAAUACUAUUGUUAAGCAUUGUCACUGUAUUACUGUAAUUUAAUGGUAAAGUCUUUGGUUGAUUAUACUAAUGAUCUUAAUGAUCUGAAUUCGAAAUUUAUCAUCACCACACUUUUUUAUCGAUCAAAAAAUAAACAAAAUAGCACGUUAAGUU